ACUAUAUUUCAGCAGGUGUGGUUCAAGGAGUCCGAUUUGCAGGGUCUGCUAGCUAGAGCAACACCAGCAGAUUGCGUUCAUCAUUGAAGCCAGCCGCCGAAGAAUGGCGUCCCUUCCGUGUCUGGUCGUGUUGCUAUUGUCGUUGCUGGUGCAGCUGGGGACGAGCGCGGCGCUAGAUCUGGCGCAAGCGCCGGCUGCCGCGCCUGAAAACUAUUUCCGCCCCCCACACCCCCUGACGCAGACCCCCAUUGUGGGCAUGCUCACUCUGCCCGUCACCGUGCCCCACCAGCUCAAGUACGGCAGCGCUAGCUUUGCUGCCUCGUACGUGCGCUGGAUCGAAGCUGGCGGCGCACGGGUGGCGCCCAUCCACUACGACUCAUCACCGGAGGAGCUGUAUGCGCUCCUGGGAAGUGUGAACGGCGUGGUGUGGACGGGUGGCCUCGUGGACUUCAACCCCACCGUGGACGACCCCGAGGGCGGCAAGUACCUGGCCACCACGCAGGCAAUCCUGGAGUAUGUGCUGGCGCGCAACGAGGCCGGCACCUACUACCCCUUCUGGGCCACCUGCCUGGGAUUUGAGCGCCUCACGCAGCUGCUGGCGCGUGACGUCAACAGCACCAUCAUCGACACAGUGGAUGCGGAGAACCUGGACAUCAACCUGAACCUGACGCCCGCGGGCUGGCUCAGCCGCAUGCUGGGGGGCAUGAGCUAUGAGCUCUUCAAGGAGGUAGCCUCCCCGCUCGGCCAUCUUGCAUUUAACAACCACGGGCUGGGCAUCACCCCCGCCAAGUUCCGCGGCAGCUCUGCGUACGAGUACCUCAAGAUCCUGUCCAUUGACAAGGACCGCAACGGCAAGGAGUUUGUGUCCACCGUGGAGGGCCGCUCCCUGCCCAUCUACGGCACGCAGUGGCACCCCGAGAAGGCUGCGUGGGAGUGGGACACGCGCCUGCGCCUCUCGCACGUGGAGCAUGCCGUGGAGUUCUCGUCGUACCUGGGCAGCUACUUUGCGAAUGAGUGCAAGUUCAACAACCACACGUUCGCCUCCCCUGAGGCGGAGGCCCGCGCCCUCAUCUACAACUGGGUGCCGGUGCCCACGGGGCCCAUCACAGGGAUCAAGUCAGCGUACACCAACAUUUACUUCUUCCCGGCGGAUCACUCGAGCUGGUGGGCGAAGCAUGCCAAAAAGGUCACCUUCUCGUUGGCCCGUGCUUUCGGGUUUGAGGAGGAACUUGACUCAGCAAGCGGCUGAGCAAUGUGUAGGCAAGGGAUAAGGUGGUCGGAGUGUCAUACUAAUCCAAAUGUGUGUGGCUUACUGAGAUAGCUAUGAUGCUCAAGCGGAGCUCAAUUCACUCGUUUUAAUAUUUCCCUCAAUUAGCGUUUAGAUAAGCGUUUUGCUAGAAAGAGUUGGCAUUUGCUUUGGUUUUAGGCCAGGCAUACGGCUUCGUUCGAGCCUAUUUGUACCAUUCUUUGUGGGGAUCCGACUGCUCCACUUAAUAAGCUUAUGGGGAAGGAACCAUUUUGGAGCAUCGAGUUGCAGGUCGUCAAGUCUCGCAGCCAGUCAUAGACAUGACAAGCUGCAAUUUCUACGAUGAUUAACCUGCUUGGAAGAGCAACCUUUACAACUGGUGGUGCUGAGACGAUCUUUUUGUAUCUUUAUUUACGUUGAUCUAGGUUGACGUCGCGGCUAUC